GCCCUUGCUUACCCAGUCUUUGUUCUAUAUUUCGGCAUAUAUCGUCUACUAUCGCUUCUAGCAUUCACAUUUCCGCCCUCGUUACUACCUAUUUCCGGUCUUCGCUAUAGCUUACCACCUUGGUAUACUAUAUCCGGACAUUGCCACACAGGUCUGGACCAUUUAUCACAAGCCGCCUCCCGCGACACAUCACCUGUAGAUCAUAGUAGCCAUCCACGUCUAUACAAGUUUGCCGGUGCUAUAAACAUCUACAUCCUCCUCAUAUCCAUCCAUCUACACACCGACCACAUAUAUACACACUAAGAUACUUCAAUACCACUCUUAAUACGAUGGCAUCACGCUUUGUCGAAAACCUCGAAGAGGUCCCAAUUAGUCAUCCCCAUCUCAACGUCUCACUGGAUGACAUCCUCGCAGAAGAGAGCCGCAAGAGGUCCUCUUCCCAAUCAUCCGGCAGCUCGGAGACCCGUCGGUCAGGAAGCAGCUCGACACCAAGUCCAACAUCACCCAUCAACACCGAAAGCAAGCUCAAACGGGCUUUUACUAUUGGCAGCAAGAAGGGUCGCCGAACUUCAUGAAUGAAAGCCGACACGUCCAUCGCUUGGACCAAUUCUACACAUCUAUUACGAAUUCACGAACCACGGUUAUCAGACCAUAACGACAUCACCAAGACUUUCUCGACCAAGCGUUGGAAGAGACUAGUCUGUCGCCUGACAAGCGCCGAACCGUCAGUUGUCGUCGCUUAGGUGACGACCGGACGAUUAUUCGGACGUCACUAUCACGACAUUCCAUAGCAUGGUCACUAGCGCCACGCACCACCUGCGCCCCAUCACUAUCAUCAUCAUCAUUACACAGCCACGAUG